GGAGAUCAGCGGAUAGUCGGAUGUACAACGACCUAGCGAGAUGGGCGGGGACAUGGGGAUGUGGGGACGUUCCGACGAGCCUAAAGCCUAGGUGCUGCGACUCUACUCUUCCUCUCCGCUUCUCUCGCCCUCUGCUUGCUUCCGCUUCGCCCGCUGACUACCUACUGCCAGCCAAGAUGGAAGACCAUCGCUGGCUCAUCCUGAUGAUAGUCGGCUUGUCGUUGGCGUUGACGCUGCCGGCUUUUCUGCUGCGCACUUGGAUGACGUAUAAGCAGUUGAGGCCGCUUGGGCUUGAUGACUUGACUGUCUUUGUUGCUACUUUACUCUAUCUAGCAUUCGUUUGCUGCCUCGUUGCCGCCUGCCUAAACGGCUUCGGAGCGCACACAAACGACCUCCACAUCACCACGGCCAACUUCACAGACGGCGGCACCGCCAACAACGGCGAUGUCGAAGAAGCCCUCAGAUUCUGGUACAUCUGCACCCUCCUCCACCUCUUCACCGGCUGCUUCCUGCGCAUCUCAAUCGGACUCCACGUCGACCGCAAACUGCUCGAGCGGCCGUCGUACUCGGCGCGCAAGCGGUACGCGUGUCUGGGCACGCUCGCCGCUUCCCUCGCCGUCACCCUCGCCAUGUGCGGCUUCCUCGUCUUCGCCCAGUGCCGCCCGCUGCCGGCGUACUGGUCGCGCGUCCGCCCCGCCGCUGCCGCGCACUGCGCAGACCCGCGCGCCGUCGCCGCCGCCUGGCACGCCUUCACGGCCUUCACCGCGCUCGCCGAUGCCGUCAUGGCGCGCUACCUGGUUGUCGAUUUCCGUGCCGGCACGCCCGCGUGGCUGCAGCGUGGACACGUGCUGCUCGCACUUGUAGUCGCGUUUUCUGUCGUGUAAGUCCCCACCAAAACCUACCUAUCUCCUCCACACACACGCUAACACCCACCCCCCGC